AUUUCCACUUGCUUCUUAUCUAGAUUUAACUUUAGUGAUCUUUAUAACUCUAUGUUAGGCGAUUGUUUGAGCAAUCCAAGGACUUUUUAAGAAGCUUAGGCACUUAACAGUAAGCUUGAGAUAGAGAAGCUCCCUUCAUGGUCACAGACACAGGCAAGAGUAGAGAAAUGGGAGAGGUUAAUAAGGAGGAGAAAUUGCCACCAGGAUUUCGAUUUCAUCCAACGGAUGAAGAACUCAUUACAUAUUAUCUUAUCAACAAGAUCUCUGAUGCAAAUUUCACUGGAAAAGCAAUAGCUGAUGCUGAUCUUAACAAAUGCGAACCGUGGGAUCUUCCAGGGAAGGCAAAAAUGGGAGAGAAAGAGUGGUAUUUUUUCAGCCUUCGAGAUCGAAAAUACCCAACUGGAGUACGAACAAACCGUGCCACAAAUUCUGGUUACUGGAAGACAACAGGGAAGGACAAGGAGAUUUUCAAUAGUGUUACCUCAGAGUUGGUUGGGAUGAAGAAAACAUUGGUUUUCUAUAGAGGGAGAGCUCCUAGAGGAGAGAAAACCAACUGGGUCAUGCAUGAAUACCGGCUCCACUCCAAGACAACCUUCAGAAGUUCAAAGGAUGAAUGGGUUGUUUGCCGAGUCUUUCAGAAGAGUGCUGGAGUGAAGAAGUACCCUUCCAACCCAACAAGAAAUAAUCCAUACAACCUUGAAAUGGGUCCAAGUGUCAUGCCACAAUUCAUGCCAACUGACACGUAUCACUUCCCUAUUGGAAGAAACUACGUAGGCAACCCUGACCUCGCAGAGCUUGCAAGGGUCUUAAGGGUCUCAAAUAGUGGAACCAUUCCAGUUCAAUCUCACUUGAACUACCCAGGGUGUUUUACAAUAUCUGGUUUAAAUUUGAACCUUGGAGGGUCAACACAGCCAGUGUACAGGCCAAUGCCACCACCACCACCAACGAUGAACCAACAACCUCUGGCCACCGAAGCAUCUUCAUCCAUGUUGGCCAAUGGCAUGCUUACAACUGAUCACACUGGCUUCGGUCAAGAAAUUCCAGCUUCUGGCCAUGGUAGGUUCCAAAACAUAGACCAGGUUGCUGUGGAUCUUGAGAACUACUGGCCUUCAUACUAAGGAAGGCAGUCUUGAUAGAGAACAAAGGAACUCUGUCAAAGUAGUAUAGUUUUGAGUAAUCAUAGGUUCUCUUUCUUUCUUUCUUUCUUUUUUCUUUUUUUGGGUUUUUGUUGUUAAGAGGGUAUGAAAUACCUCUUUUAAGGAUAUUCUGGUAGAAAAUCUAGAGAGGGAUAGGAACGAAGGGAGAAAUGGUUGGAUCCUUAACUCUCGAAAAUUCACGUAGCAUAAAAAUUAUUGUAUCCUCCUUAUAUUUACUUCACCUUUUAAAUUUUU